AUGAAUGUUGGUUGUGUUACGCGGAAGGUGAGGGCCAUACAAUUUGGAGUGCUUUCACCGGAUGAAAUCAAACGAUUAUCGGUAACAGAAGGUGGUAUCACACGUGCAGUUAUCGUGGAAGAUGGUAAACCAGCAUUAGGUGGCUUAAUGGAUCCUCGUCAGGGGGUUUUGGAUCGGGAAUCACGCUGUUUAACUUGUGCCGGUAAUAUUGUCGACUGCCCCGGACAUUUUGGUCAUAUUGAAUUAAGCUUGCCAGUAUUUCACAUUGGAUUCAUUUUAAAAACUAUUAAAAUAUUGGGGUGUGUUUGCUUCUCUUGUUCCAAAUUAUUGGUGUCCCCUACAAAUGCGAAGGUAAGAGAGAUGCUGAAUCGCACCAAGGCUCGACCACGCAUGCGUUUAAGUCUUAUGCGUGAAUUGUGCAAAUCAAAGACAAUAUGCGAAGGAGGCGAAAAUAUUGACAUUCCCAUCACGUGCAACAACGAACGAAACAUCUCAGAUCAUGGCGGCUGCGGACACCAUCAGCCGCGUAUUACCAGACACAAGCUGGAGUUAUUUGCCACUUGGCAACGUUUAACCGAACAUCGUCAAGAACGCCAAAUCAUAUUGACUGCAGAACGAGUUUUAGAAAUUUUCCGAAAUAUCACCGACGAAGAUUGCAUUUAUUUAGGUAUGGAUCCGAAACACUGCCGCCCUGAUUGGUUGCUCAUCUCAGUAAUGCCAGUACCACCACUGUCAGUGCGUCCAUCCGUUCUAAUGUAUGGUAGCUCACGUUCGCACGAUGACCUCACACACAAAUUAGCGGAUGUCAUCAAGGCAAACAAUGAGCUGAAGAAGUGCAUUGAAACAGGCGCUGCAGACCAUUUAAUUAGAGAGUGUUCAUCUCUUUUACAAUUUCAUGUUGUCACACUUAUCGACAAUGAAAUGCCCGGCUUACCGCGUGCUCUACAAAAAUCAGGCCGUCCUUUGAAGAGCAUCAAAUCACGCCUAAAGGGCAAAGAGGGACGUAUACGCGGUAACUUAAUGGGAAAGCGUGUAGACUUUUCAGCACGCACCGUAAUUACGCCAGAUCCUAACCUUAAUAUCGAUCAAGUGGGUGUACCAAGAUCUGUUGCGCAGAAUCUGACUUAUCCGGAGGUGGUGACACCGUUUAACAUUGAGCUCAUGCAAACCUUGGUUCAUCGUGGCAACACACAAUUCCCAGGUGCUAAGUAUAUAAUACGUAGCAAUGGCGAUCGCAUUGACUUGCGUUUCCACCCAAAACCCAGUGAUUUACACUUAGAGUUUGGCUACAAGGUCGAACGUCAUUUGCGCGAUAACGAUUUGGUGAUCUUUAAUCGUCAGCCAACGCUGCACAAAAUGUCGAUGAUGGGUCAUCGCGUCAAGGUGUUACCGUGGUCCACAUUCCGUAUGAACCUCUCCUGUACCUCGCCUUAUAAUGCAGAUUUCGAUGGCGACGAAAUGAAUUUGCAUGUACCGCAGAGCAUGGAGACACGCGCCGAAAUUGAAAAUCUUCACCUGACACCACGACAAAUAGUCACACCGCAAACGAAUAAACCAGUUAUGGGCAUUGUGCAGGACUGCUUGACGGGUGUGUGCAAGAUGACCAAACGUGAUGUCUUCAUAACACAGGAGCAACUCAUGAAUCUGCUCAUGCAUAUGCCGUGCUGGGAUGGUGUCAUGCCGAAACCAUGUAUCUUGAAACCGACAUUUUUGUGGUCGGGAAAACAGCUAUUUUCCUUGAUUAUACCGGGUAAUUUGAAUAUGAUACGCACACAUUCAACGCAUCCUGAUGACGAAGACGACAGUCAAUAUCGUUGGAUAUCGCCGGGUGAUACAAAAGUAAUUGUCGAAUAUAGUGAACUUAUUAUGGGUAUUCUAUGCAAGCGUACAUUGGGUGCAGCCGCCGGGUCUCUCCUGCACAUUGCUUACAUCGAGCUCGGCCAUCAAAUCGCUGGUGAAUUCUAUGCAAAUAUACAGAAGGUGGUCAACGCUUGGCUGUUACUCGAAGGACAUAGUAUUGGUAUUGGCGACACCAUUGCCGAUCCGGCCACCUACAAGGAGAUACAGAACGCUAUUGCCAAAGCGAAGAAUGACGUAAUGUUAGUAAUACAGAAAGCGCAUCACAUGCAGUUGGAGCCAACACCGGGCAAUACGCUGCGUCAAACAUUCGAAAAUCAAGUAAAUCGUAUUUUGAAUGAUGCGCGCGAUAAGACUGGUGGCUCAGCAAAGAAAUCGCUUACGGAAUAUAAUAACUUGAAGGCAAUGGUAAUCGCUGGUUCCAAGGGAUCUAACAUUAACAUAUCGCAAGUAAUUGCCUGCGUUGGUCAGCAAAACGUCGAAGGUAAACGUAUACCGUACGGUUUUCGUAAACGUACAAUGCCACACUUCAUCAAGGACGAUUAUGGACCAGAGGCGCGCGGCUUCGUCGAGAAUUCAUACCUCGCAGGCCUCACACCAAGUGAGUUCUAUUUUCACGCAAUGGGCGGACGUGAAGGACUUAUCGACACAGCGGUGAAAACUGCGGAAACCGGUUACAUACAACGGCGUUUGAUCAAGGCCAUGGAAUCGAUAAUGGUUCAAUACGAUGGCACGGUACGCAAUGCGGAGGGUCAAAUCAUACAGCUACGUUAUGGCGAAGACGGACUCUGCGGUGAAUCAGUAGAAUUUCAAACAUUACCAACCAUACAACUCUCGAACAAGGCUUUUGAGAAGCAAUUCAAAUUCGACGUCACGCAAACACGUAAUUUACGCAAAUUUUUCAACGAAGAAACUGUACGUGAUAUCACCGAAUCCACAGAUAUCAUUGCACAGCUAGAGGUUGAGUGGGAACAGUUGUGUCGUGAUCGCGAAGCCUUACGACAAAUAUUUCCGACCGGCGAUUCGAAGGUGGUGUUGCCAUGCAAUCUGCAGCGUAUGAUUUGGAAUGUACAGAAGAUCUUCCAUGUUGACAAACGCUCCACCACUGCGCUCAAUCCGUUGGACGUCGUAAAAGGCGUACGUGAGUUGCUGAAACAAUGCGUAAUUGUUGCUGGGUCCGACUACAUUUCGCAACAGGCCAACGACAAUGCCACCUUCCUCUUUCAGUGUUUGGUACGCUCUACGCUUUGCGCCAAAGUGGUGGCCGAAAGUCAUCACUUGACACCGGAAUCCUUCGAAAUGUUACUUGGCGAAAUCGCUACACGCUUUCAACUCUCACAAAUUUGCCCCGGCGAAAUGGUGGGCGCACUGUCUGCUCAAUCGCUGGGUGAACCGGCUACGCAAAUGACACUAAAUACUUUCCAUUUCGCUGGCGUCUCGGCGAAAAAUGUUACUUUGGGAGUGCCGCGCUUGAAGGAGAUCAUUAAUGUAUCCAAACGUCCACGUUCGCCUUCGUUGACUGUUUUCUUAACGGGUAAACCUGCGCGCGAUGUAGAGAAAGCUAAAGAUGUGCUCUGCCGCUUGGAGCACACAACGCUUAAGAAAGUUACAGCCAAUACCGCUAUCUACUACGAUCCAGAUCCGAUGCACACCGUCGUACAGGAGGAUCAAGAAUUCGUUAACAUUUACUAUGAAAUACCUGAUUUUGAUCCAAACGAAAUUUCGCCAUGGCUAUUACGCAUAGAGCUCGAUCGAAAACACAUGACCGAAAAGAAACUCACCAUGGAGCACAUCGCCGAACGCAUCGCUGCGUCUUUCGGCGAUGACUUGAAGUGCAUUUUCAACGAUGACAAUGCUCCCCGUUUAAUAAUGCGCAUACGCAUAAUGAACACCCCCAACUCAGAGAGCAAAUUUAAACCUGAUGACUUGGCUGAGGAGGAGGCGUCGCUUACUCGUUUAGACGACAAUAUGUUUUUACGCUGCAUUGAGAGCAACAUGUUGUCCGACAUGACACUACAGGGUAUCGAAUCCAUUUCCAAAGUGUAUAUGCAUUUGCCGCAGGUGACCAACAAGAAACGCAUCUAUAUCACGGAGACGGGAGAAUUCAAAUCGGUGGCUGAGUGGCUGCUGGAGACUGAUGGCACAGCCUUAAUGCGUGUGCUAAGCGAGCGUAACGUCGAUCAAAGGCGCACCUUCAGCAACGAUAUAUGCGAAAUGUUUACGGUGUUGGGCAUAGAAGCGGUACGCAAGUCGAUUGAGAAGGAAAUGAAUAAUGUGUUACAGUUUUACGGUUUGUACGUCAACUAUCGCCACUUGGCGCUACUCUGUGACAUUAUGACCGCCAAGGGUCAUCUGAUGGCCAUCUCACGGCAUGGUAUCAACCGCCAACAAACCAGCCCAUUGAUGCGUUGCUCUUUCGAGGAGACGGUAGAUGUUCUUUUGGAUGCUGCAGCACAUGGUGAACGUGACGCUAUGCUUGGCGUGUCGGAAAACAUUAUAAUGGGUCAAAUGCCGCGCAUUGGCACUGGUUGCUUCGAUAUGAUACUGGAUGCAAAUAAAUGCAAACUCGCUAUGGAAGUAGAUUCUAUCAACAACAAGAAUGCCUUAUUUUAUGGUUCGAUGUUUACGCCGAAUCUUUUACCAGCAAGUGGACGUAGUGGCGUAAUUGAGUUCUCACCGGGCCUAGGUGACGGUCUUACACCACAAUCGGCGCGGUCUGUUUGUUUCUCGCCUUUGUCGAAUAUGAGCUCGCCAACUAUGACAGUAGAUGACUUUUGUAGCUCGCCUUAUUCUUCGCCAUCAACUGCAUCGCUCAAAUCAUAUUAUGGCGGGGAUUCAUACUAUUCACCCAUUUCACCAGUAUAUGACCAAAAAACGUUUAGAAGCUCUAAUAUUUCAAGUAACUGCACCCAUUUAUCGUGUAGUAAUGAUUUACUAACCACCAUUAUGCAGUCUCCUAAGUACUCACCAAGUUCACCAGAGUUUUCACCGCAUUAUCAGCGAUAUCUACAAGUUAAUUCACCACAAUCACCGACAAACAGCAGCAGCACAUUUUAUUCACCAGACAGUUCAACCAUGUCUUACAGCAACGUCACUAGUUCGUCGCGUUAUUCACCGACCUCACCCGGUUACUCGCCACAAACUAAUAACUAUUCGCCCACUUCGCCAUCCUAUUCACCUACCAUAAUGAGUUCGAACCGCUGUUGCAGCAGUUUUUCACCAAGCUCGCCAACCACUAAUAAUGAUUCACUAUAUUCGCCAUCUUCACCGCUCAACACACCAGAUUCGUUAACAGAUAAAAUGUCUACAACAUCCGAUAGUUGCUCCAGACGUACAGAACCCAAGAAAUAUCGGGCUACACCGUAUUUCUAUGCCGAAAAUAAUGGCACCCCUUCAAGCAGUGCAACAUACUCACCCACAAGUCCGAUCUACGCUCAUUACUCGCCAUCCAGUCCAAAUUUUGUUAUGCAAACACCACAUUAUUCACCGUCCACCCUUAGCUAUAAUCCUUCGAGUCCCAGCUAUACACAAGUCAGUCCAUCAUUUACUACAAAUUCACCACAAUACUCGCCGCUAAGUCCGAAAAUCAAUUAUUCUCCCACAAUCUCUUCACCGCAAAUGCAUUUUAUUUUACCACGUUCACCACAACAAUAUUCAGCAUCUAUGCAGAGUCCACGCUACCCUAGUAGCUCUUCGAUUACCUACUCACCAACAUCACCAAAACAUUCACCAAGUUCCAAUCGUUACUCACCAAGUAGCCCGCAAUACUCAAGCAGUCCCGCCAGUCCUAAUUAUUCGACCGCUUCUCACUCAAAUGUAGUUUACUCUCCACAUAGCCCUAGUUUUUACUCAUCCUCGCCUUUGAGUCCCGUGUAUAGCUCCAGUGACUCUCCUAUGUCUCCUAUGAGUCCCAACAGCCCGGCUAGCCCGCAGUAUUCCCCGACCUCAAAUUGUGAAUAAAAGAAAAUGAAUUUUACACGUUGUACCUGUAUU